AUGAAGAAGGCUGUCGGAGCUUACCUUCCCACAGGCCUAAAGCUCCGCGGUCUGAGCCCCUGGAGGUCUGCGGUGGAGCUGCGACUCCCAGAGCUCGCGGGGGCUCCGCGUGUCCUCUUGGGUCCGGGGAUCCUGCUUGGCUGCGGCACGCGUCUGCUUGGUGCGGGGACUCUAAGAUUCCAGGAGGACACGGGGUUGGCGCUGGGGAUCCUGCGGGGCCAGUGUCGCGAUUGCAGUCGCAGAGCUGGGUCUCGGGCUCCCGCCUGCAGCUCCGGAGCGGCGCUGGAGCGAGAGCCGCCCGGCCAGCCCCUCCUCGUCCUCUCCCAGCCCUGCCCGCCCCUCGCCCCUCAGCCGCCCUCUCUGUCCCCUCCUCCGGGAGCCGAGCCCGCCCUUCAGCCUAGGCGGCGCGGGAGACGCGGGGACGGGAGGGGGCGGCUCCCUGGGUGCUGGCCUGGAGGGACGCGCCGAGGCCGCAAGCCGCCGCCGGGGCAGAGGCGCAUGGCCCAGGUUGGCCCCGGCCCAGGGCCUCGGGCUCUGCCGCUGUCCUGGCCUGGCGGGCAGAGCCAGACGCACAGCCCGCGCCUCCCCACCUUCUGGGCUCUAACUCCGGGAACUGAAGCAGUGGGACUCCUGCUCAGGUUUGCUCUAAGUGAGCUCGAGAAUCUAUUGCUUCAGAACUCUCAGUACCAUGAAGUCAGUGGAAUGAUCACUGUCAAGAAUGAGUGCGCAACAGGGGAGCAAAUGACAUCAUUCAUCUCUGGCACAGUGGGAAUGAGUGGAGAUGGACGUGGUCAAGGAACAUUUCUUCACUCCAUGCUCUUAAUAAUUGAGAAACACAUGGGGAUACUGUUUCUAACCCUAACUACUGAAACAACAGGUGGACCUGGAAGUCAUUCAAGAACUGAGAUAAGGACAGCUUCUUUCAUAAAUGACCGGGGAGGUGAAAGUCUAGAAAAUAAACAGUGAACUUCUCACUUUGAAAUAGCAAUAAUUAUAGAGUAAUAAAUAUCAAAUACAUAAGAGAAAAAAGACAAAAUUAAAGACAUUUGUUGCAUUACAUGAAAAAAGCCAUGAGAUUAAAAAAUGUAGAGAUUUUGACUUCUUCUAAAUAAAGUUGAUAAGCAAGCAUUAA